GUUGUAGCCAACUUCAACGUAGCAUGCUAGCCUGUCCAUGUAAACAGCAACACUGAAGGAUGUGAAGUACAAGGUUUAUUUUGUAGUUACUGUCCUUUUUGCUCACUAUGGUACAGCCGGCGGAGAAAGCGUAUUACCGCUUUGUGGUGCUGUUCUUCAACUGUCUGCUGACGUUUGGCUCCUACUUCUGCUUUGACAUCCCCAGUGUUUUGCAGGAUCAGUUCCAAGGGAACCUGACAUGUCCCAAUGCAACAGUGAUCAAUGGGACAGUGGACUGUGUGGAGGGACUGGGGAUGAGCCCUCAGCAGUACAAUCUUCUUUAUGCCAUCUAUGCUUGGACGAAUGCAGUGGUGGUGGUCCUGGCUGGGUUCCUGAUUGACAAAUUAGGAAACCGCUUCGGAGUGUUUCUGUUCUCUUUCCUGUGUGUUUUGGGAUCGUCGCUGUUUGCACUGGGCUCCCACUUUAAAGGGACUCCCUAUCUGCUGCCACUUAUGCUCACGGGCCGACUACUCUUUGGAUCAGGCAAUGGAUCUCUGACCAUUGUUCAGAACCGCAUCACGGCCUUCUGGUUCAAAGGGAAGGAGCUAGCCUUGGCUUUCGGUCUGACCCUGGCUUUCUCUCGCCUGGGCUCGGUCCUGAACUUCUUCCUCACCCAGAAGUUUGAAGAAAAUUAUGGCAUACAGUGGACACUCUGGGGUGGUGCUCUAUUGUGUGUGCUGGGCUUUAUAUCCGCCAUUAUAGUCAGCUCCCUUGACAAGAUCGGGAUGAGGCAGCUUGGUCUUGAUGGUGCCAUUCAAGAGGAGUCCCGCAAAGUGAGGAUUCAGGAUGUGAAGCUCCUGUCUCUAAGAUACUGGCUGCUGGUCCUCACCAUCAUGUUCUUCUACAACGGCAUCUUCCCAUUCAUCGCAGAUGCCAGUAAGUUCAUUCAGGAUAAGUAUAACGGCUACAGCCAGAAGGAGGCGGCCUAUAUUGCUGGGGCAGUUUAUGACAGCUCGCUGGUGCUCUCAGCCAGCGUGGGGAUUCUCAUAGAUUAUGUGGGCCUUCGGGGCAUUUUCGCAGUGGCCUGUGCCGUCCUCACGCUGCCUGUGUUUGGACUCCUGGCCUUCUCCUUUGUCCCACCUCUCGUCUCCACCAUAUGGCUGGGAAUCACCUACUCCUUUGCUGCUGCGAGCAUGUGGCCGUCUAUUCCCCUCGUGGUGCCUCAGGCGACUCUGGGAACAGCCAUGGGUCUGGCCACCUCCAUACAGAUGGUUGGGAUCGGGGUGUCCAAUCUGGUUGUUGGACAGAUUUUGGGCACCAAGUCUAGUGAAACUAAAAUUCCGCUGUGGCGUUGGCAGAGGAUGAUGAUCUUCAUGUUGGCCAACACCAUCAGCUGCAUCGUCACCUCGGUGCUGCUCAACAUUGUCGACGGCAGACAGGGCGGCACCCUGAACAAGACAACCAAGAGGUCAGAGCAGGCAGAGAGAGACUCUGACAGAGAGCCCCUCACCCAGGGAGAGGAAGAGCAAAAUGAGGAUGAGGAGGAUGAGGCAGUCAGAUCUCGUUCUAUUAACACCUAAGCUUUGUUUCCUCCAGCUCCAUACUUUUUUUUUCUUAUCUGCGAGAGCAGAUAAUUGGGCAGUUUAAUUAAACAGAGUAAAUCUCUGUUGAACCGUAUUUACACCCAAAUAUUGUCAGUAGAUUGUAUGAAAUGGGAACCAGGUAUUGCAGAUUUUUCAGUAAUACAGGUAUUAGAAAAAAUACACAAUUCCACAAAAAUAUCAAGCUAUCUCUGUAACUUUUUAAAAUUUUGUUUUUAGUUUAUCUGAGCUGAAGCAUCAACCAUGCCAUCACUCAAAUAUCCACUGUACUGCCAUAACGACCUGUGUGAAGUCACUGAGGUCACGAAAUCAUUUUCACAUCGCAUUAACGUGCACGUCACUAAAGUGUCAUGUCUUUUUUUUUUCUAUUGUCUUUUUAAUGAAACAAUGAAAUUUACCUCUUAUCUUUAUGUUUGUGGCGAGAUACUUUACUCUGUACUUGAAGAAGGGAAUUUUCUUAAUUGUACGUUGCCAAAACAGCGAGAAUAAAAUGCUGUUCAACAGUG